AUGUCGGAUAAACUUACGAAAGUUUCCGAUUGGCGUUGCUUCAAUGGCCAUCAGCAAGUCUACAAACACCAUAGCGAUGCAACGGGCUGCGCGAUGACGUUCGGCCUCUACACGCCGGAUGCCGCUUCAGAAUCAAGCAAAAAGCCGUGCCUCUUGUAUCUGUCGGGGUUGACCUGCACGCAUGCAAACGUGAUGGAAAAGGCAGGCUUUCAAAGGCUUGCCUCGAAGUACGGCUUCUUCGUGCUCCAUCCCGACACCUCACCUCGUGGCGUUGAUUUGCCCGGCGACAGCGACUCCUGGGACUUUGGCAAGGGAGCCGGCUUUUACCUGAACGCCACUCAAGAACCGUGGUCCGGCCACUACAAAAUGUACGACUACGUGCUCGAGCUGCGCAAACUAGCCGUCGAGCAGUUCAAUAUUGACCCGGCGCAGAUUGGUAUUUUCGGCCAUUCUAUGGGCGGUCACGGCGCCUUGACAAUUGGAUUAAAGAACCCGGAAUUAUUCAAGUCAAUCUCCGCUUUUUCGCCAAUCUGCCACCCGAAGAACUGUGCUUGGGGCAAAAAGGCGUUCGGCAACUAUCUCGGAUUGGAUGAAUCCACUUGGGACGAAUACGACGCCGCCUUAUUGUGCAAAAGUUAUGCUGGCCCGAAACGUCGUCUCCUAGUUGACCAAGGCCAAGAAGACCAAUUUCUCAAGGACGGUCAGCUCCAACCGGAAAGUCUAAAGGAUACGCCGAACGUCGAGGUUUACACCCAUCUACGUGCCGGUUACGAUCAUUCGUACUACUUCAUCUCCACCUUCCUGGAGGAACACUUCGACCACCACGCCAAGGAGUUCACCCAA